UUUUUUCAGGCAUUCACUACAAGAUUGACCAAAUAUCAGGGCAGUGUGACAUGAUGGCACUGGAUGCUGAUGAAUUUGGCAACGCUGUAGGUGAUCCCGUGUUGGGAGAUGUCAUCAUGGCCGAUCCGAACCAGCUGUUCCAUCUGGAUGAUAAAUACAUCUUCUCAGGUUAUACUGAGACCCGUGGCAUCAAGACGUCUCGCUGGUCAUCGACGCGAGACGACAUCCGAAACCCAGAGACCGGAGAGAACUUCAAAGUGGCGGUCGUUGACUACCAGUUCCUGACGGAGGACACGGCAGACAUCGGAGAACAGAAAGGACGACCCCUUCCGGUACGACUGGACGUGACAAUUUACCGGGAUGACAAUGCCAGCGCAAUCCUCUCCAGAUACACUGUCAACCUCCUUCACAUGCAGACCUCCUUCCUCAGUACUAAUUUCAACCCAUUCGACGUGAGAGAAUGCAUGGACAUCCCCUCGCAGCGCACCUGGUUGAAGAUCAUUUAUUCAGGUACAUUCACAGGAUUCAAAAACUUUGGUGAAAUGUUUCGGUAUUCUGUAUUGAAUGUCUGA